AUGCUAGCAGCUAACGGGGCCGACGUCAACUAUGUCAACGACAAGGGCAAAACUCCACUGCAAGAGGCAGAGGCUACCGGCAAUCGGAAGAUGGUGGAACUAUUGCUGGAGAGGGGGGCAAAUAGCGACGAGAGGAAAUUAAGCAGACAGAUGCCAAUUGUACGCAGGAAAGAGCGAUCAUUCCGUGAAAUUCACGAAAUGAUGGAAUCUACCAAACCAAAUGUCAAAAGACAUCCCGUACCGAACUCCGUCGGUGAAACCUACACCAAAAGAUCAGGCACGGCUGCGGUCGGUGAAUUAUUCGAGAAAAAGCUGCUGACAAUGGUGCUGUUCCGGUUGCUCCACGAUGACCAGAUCGAAAGCUUCUAUUUGGGGACCAACGUAGACGAAACCGGCGCGUUCGAUGACGUCGUGCUCAGAACCAGUUUUGGCGGUAAAUCCCACGUGUACUGUCUGCAGGCCAAACAUCGGAAAGCGGGAUCUUCUGUGAACUUUAACGAUUUGAUCAACAUGCAGCAGAAUCUGUAUCUUUUGAAGGAAUUUUUGAUCGAUUUGGUGUCUGAAAUUGUUACUAUUUUGUUAGAACAUGGUUGUAAUGUUGACAGUUUAUGUCACGAUGACAAAACACCACUGCACGAAGCUUGUUUAAACUGUAAUUUCGACGUUGCACAGGUUUUGCUAGAAAGAGGAGCAAAUGCUCAUCAUAGAACGAGUGAAAAUGGCUUCUCGCUUUUACACAUUGCUGCACAGAGAAACUGUCCUGAAAUAAUACAAUUAUUGAUUGACAACGGUUUAACCCUUUCGCACGAUGACUUCCAGUGGCGGCACAUUACACCCAAAUUGACUCCCUUGUUCAACCAGGUCGGAUCCCCCUCCCGGAAGAAGCCAAAUCGACCGUUGUCGACGUUCGUCAACUUUGUCGUCCUUCUCCUUCUCAACGAGCCGUGCUCCUCGAAAAAGGCCGGCUCUAUACCUCGAGAUGUCUGUCGUGAGCUGCACAAUUGGCCCUUCUUCGGGCGAUGA